CUGCAAACACACCCACACCCUGACUCAUCCAAUCCCUUAUCGAUAAGCCAACAUCCAGGCCCGCGAAAUCAGUUUAUCAAAAAUUGCUCCCCUCAUCGCCUCCACCAUCACCCACUAUACCCUCACCCUCAACCCAGAACCACACCCACAAGCCACCACCAUGCCCCCCUCCCCCUGCGCCCGCUGCCACGACCAACGGGCAGUAAUCAUCCGGCCCAAGAACAGGCAAAAACUGUGCCGCACGUGCUUCCUACACGUCUUCGAAACCGAAGUCCACGAAACCAUCACCUCGACCUCCCUCUUCUACCCUGGCGAACGAGUCGCCAUCGGCGCCAGCGGCGGCAAAGACAGCACCGUUCUGGCCGCCGUCCUCAAGACUCUCAACGAACGCUACAACUACGGCCUCGACCUAUGUCUUCUCUCCAUCGAUGAAGGCAUCAAGGGUUACCGCGACGACAGUCUCGAGACUGUGAAACGCAACGCCCAACAAUACAAUAUGCCACUCGUAAUCGUCAGCUACGGAGACCUAUACGGCUGGACCAUGGACCAGGUCGUAGCGCAGGUCGGCAAAAAGGGAAACUGCACAUACUGCGGGGUAUUUCGGCGGCAGGCGCUGGAUCGUGGGGCCGCGAAGCUGGGCAUUAAGCAUGUGGUGACAGGUCAUAAUGCGGAUGAUGUGGCGGAAACGGUGAUGAUGAAUCUGUUGAGAGGAGAUUUACCGCGCUUGUCGCGGGGUACGAGUACUGUGACGGGAUCCGCGGCUAGUGAUAUUAAGAGGAGUAAGCCGUUGAAGUAUGCUUAUGAGAAGGAGAUUGUGCUGUAUGCGCAUCAUCGCCAGUUGGAUUAUUUCUCCACAGAGUGUAUUUACUCGCCGGAGGCGUUUCGGGGCAGUGCGCGGACGUUGAUCAAGGAUUUGGAGAAGAUUAGGCCGUCUUCGAUUUUGGAUAUUGUCAAGUCUGGGGAGGAUAUGGCGCUUUUGGUGCCCGCUGAGGUUAGGGGGAAGGGGGGGGAGGAUGAGGAGGGCGGCGGUGGUGGUGGGUGUGGGAGUCAGAAUGGGAGGACGAGGGGUGGUGAGAUGGCGGAGAUGGAGAAGAAGUUGAAGGAAGAUGAGGCUGCCAAGGAUAGGGAGAUGGAGAUUACUUCUGACAGCGUGCCUAGGAGGCAGCAACAGCAGCAGUCAGAGCAGAUGCAGACGCCGGCACAGAAGAAGGUCAAGUCGCAGGUACUGGGGACGUGUGAGCGCUGCGGGUAUAUCUCCAGUCAGCGCGUGUGCAAGGCGUGUACGCUACUGGAGGGAUUGAAUAAGAAUCGGCCCAAGACGGCGAUUGAGAUGGAGGUUGGCUUGGAGGAUGAGGAGAGCAGCUCGACGUUGCGCCGGCAGAUGGAGAAAGUUGAGCUGGGAGGUCUUUGAAGAUAUAUAUUUAUGCCGUUAUACAUAUACCCAUGAUCACAGAGUUAU